AUGGCAGCACCACAGGGGGGUUAUCCUCCCCAGGAGGGCUAUGCCCAGCCGGGCCAUGGCCCCUCCGCGCCCGAGGACCAGCAGUCUCCCGUGCAAGGACAAGCCGCUCACGGCCACGCCGCCGCCCGGAAGAAGAGAGCAUACGCUGGCCAGGCAUACGACUUUGGCGCCGGUGCCAAUGCUGCGCUCGGUGGGCAGCCCACAGCUGGGGGUGACUAUGGGCAAUAUCCCCAACAACCGCCCGCUGAGGGAUACCAACAACAGCCCAUGUAUGGUGCAGCCCCGAGCCAGAUGCAGCCUGCGGCGGCGGGAUAUGCUCCGCCAGCAGCCCCCGGUAUGCAGCAGAUGACACAGCAGUUCGGUGCCAUGGGCAUGGGUGAUGCCCAUCAGAUGGCCCCGCAGCAGCAGCAGCCAGCCCCCCAGGCUGCGCGUCCUGUCCAGCUCAACCAGCUGUACCCGACAGACCUCCUCUCGCAACCGUUCAAUGUGGCCGAGCUGGAUUAUCCUCCACCUCCAAUCACUUUGCCGCCCGGAACGAGCGUUUACCCUUCCCCUGAUGCCAAUUGCCCCACAAAGUAUAUGCGGUCCACGCUGAAUGUCGUGCCGACGACCCAUAAUCUGUUGAAGAAGUCGAAGCUGCCUUUUGCUCUCGUGAUCCAGCCAUACGGAGCCCUGCACGACUCCGAAGACAACGUUCCGGUCAUCACAGACCAAGUGAUCUCUCGGUGUCGACGCUGCCGUUCUUACAUCAACCCAUUUGUCACCUUCCUCGACCAUGGCCACCGCUGGCGUUGUAAUAUGUGCAAUUUGACCAAUGAUGUGCCCCAGGCCUUCGACUGGGAUUCUACGCUCCAGAAGCCUGCCGAUCGGUCACUGCGCGCAGACCUGAACCACAGCUUGGUAGAAUUCGUUGCGCCGCAGGAGUAUAUGGUUCGCCCGCCUCAGCCACUCGUCUACCUCUUCUUGAUCGAUGUGAGCCACGCCUCCGUGACUAGCGGUCUCUUGGCCACCAGUGCACGAUGCAUCAAGGAGAGCCUGGACCGCAUUCCCAACGCCGACAGACGGACCCGAUUGGGAUUCAUGGCUGUGGAUUCAAGCCUGCACUACUUCAGCAUUCCACGAGAUGGCUCAGAGGCUUCGGAGCCUCGGAUGCUCGUUGUCAGCGACCUGGAAGAGCCUUUCCUGCCCAUUCCUGGCGAUCUCUUGGUGACCCUGAGCGAAUGCCGGGAGAACAUUGAGUCUUUCCUGGACAAGCUGCAGGAGAUGUUCCAGAACACCGCAAACCUCAGCUGCGCGAUGGGAUCCGCUUUGCGGGCCGGUUACAAGUUGAUCUCUCCCGUGGGUGGAAAGAUGACAGUUCUGAGCGCCUCGCUGCCGAAUGUGGGCCACGGUGCGCUGACCAUGCGCGAGGACAAGAAGGUCCUAGGUACGAGCAAGGAGUCCAGCCUCCUCCAAACGGGCAACUCGUUCUACAAGAGCUUCGCCGUGGAAUGCUCCAAGGCACAGGUCUCAGUGGAUAUGUUCCUUUUCUCGUCUCAGUACCAGGAUGUGGCGUCUUUGAGUAAUCUUCCCCGCUACACUGGUGGACAGACCUACUUCUACCCGGGUUGGAAUGCCGGUCGAAGCGAGGAUGCGAUCAAGUUUGCACGCGAGUUCUCUGAGUAUUUGUCUUCGGAGAUCGGCCUGGAGGCCGUUCUCCGCGUGCGUGCCACCACAGGUCUGCGCAUGAGCACGUUCUACGGCAACUUCUUCAACCGGAGCUCAGAUCUGUGUGCGUUCCCUGCCUUCCCUCGCGACCAGGCAUACGUGGUUGAGGUGUCCAUUGAUGAGACCGUGACAAAACCUGUGGUAUGCAUGCAGGCGGCCGUCCUUCACACCACCUGCAAUGGCGAGCGUCGCAUCCGUGUGCUCACUUUGGCCCUUCCUACCACCCAGAACCUGGCAGACAUCUAUGCGUCGGCAGACCAGCAGGCGAUCACCACGUUCUUCAGCCACAGGGCCAUUGAGCGGGUCCUGAGCAGCGGUCUCGAGCCAGCUCGUGAAGCUCUACAGACCAAGGUCGUGGAGCUCUUGCAGACCUACCGUAAGGAACUUGCCGGGGGCAGCGUUAGCGGUGGUGGCCUCCAGUUCCCGGCCAACCUUCGAGGAUUGCCUGUCCUUUUCCUCGCCUUGAUCAAGAAUCUUGGUCUACGGAAAUCGGCCCAGAUCCCCACGGAUAUGCGGUCGGCGGCGCUCUGCCUGCUGUCAACCCUGCCUCUCCCGCUCCUCAUUCAGUACAUGUACCCAAAGAUGUACUCGCUGCAUGACAUGCCCGACAACGCGGGUCUGCCGGACGAGCAGACGGGCGAGAUCAUCUUGCCCCCAGCCAUCAACCUGUCGUCAGAGCGCCUGGCGCCUUACGGGUUGUACCUCAUUGAUGACGGCCAAACCCAGUUCCUGUGGGUUGGCCGCGACUCCGUGCCGCAACUCAUCACGGACGUGUUCGGCGUGGCCGACAAGUCGCAGCUGCGGGUGGGCAAGCAGACGCUACCGGACAUUGACAACGAGUUCAACCAGCGCGUCCGGGCCGUGCUCGAGAAGAGUGCCGACCACCGGUCCAAGGGCGUGGGCAGCAUAAUUGUGCCGCACUUGUACGUGGUGCGCGAGGACGGCGAGCCAGCCCUGCGCCUGUGGGCACAGUCGAUGCUGGUAGAGGACCGCGCCGACCAAGGCAUGAGUCUCGCACAGUGGAUGGGAAGUCUGCGGGAAAAGGUUGUGCAGUAA